AUGGAAGAGGCUAUCAAAAAGGCGGAUGCCUUAGAACAAGCUCGAUAUGAAAUAAUGAAUACAAACCCAAGCUUUCCAUCGUCCAAUGGGACCAAUAAAAAGAGAGAAAUUUCACUCGAAAAGUUUCAAGGCCUAGUUGGAUUAGUCCCCUUAGGUAUUCCACCUCUUCUCCUCUUCUUUUACUUCACAUUUUACUUCUUCGUGAUAAAAUACUUUGCUUUGACAUACUCAACACUCACAAUGACUCUUCUAGUUGUUUUGUCACAUUAUGAAUUGUAUAGUAUGCUCUAUCACUGGUAUAAGUGUUACACCGUCCCUUCCGACGAAAUUCCUAUCGACUAUUUUAAGCAAUACACCUCUCAGAAAAACACCGUCGAACACUGCUCGAUCUGUAAAAAGGACAAGUACCCCCGCACACACCACUGCUCGAUCUGUGGCAAGUGUGUUGUUCGCUAUGACCAUCACUGUGCGUGGUUGUCGUGUAUUGGACUGCACAAUGUGCGGUACUUUGCGUUGUUCUUGUUCAACGGUGCGUUUACGACGGGGAUCUAUAUGACGAUGUUAGGGUAUGUAUUAUACGACCAAUACAACAACGCGAAUCUUCCUUUUAAAACGCUAUUAGUGAUGACUAUCAUGACGUUCAAUACAUUCCUGACGUGUGGGUUUCAGACGGUCUUCCAGUUUGUGUGCAUCUCUUUGAAUCUGACGAUGGUGGACGUCGUCGUUGUUGGGACCACGUGGUUUAAAGGAAAUGGAAUAGUUCUGCCUUGGUAUAUCACUUUCAUAGAAAAUUGGAGGGAGGCCUUAAGAGUGAGGAAAGACCUCAGUCUCUUCUGGUACCUUUUGCCUUACACACCAACACGUGGAAUUAAUACCGAAGAACUCGACGAUGUAAAAGUCGACGUGUGA